UGAAAUUACUGUUCGUGUUAGUAUUUCUGGUCCAUACAUUUAUCCUGAUUCAGAUACAUGGAAGCCAGCCAGUGCCGUGUAUUGGAUAUCCAGUAGUAGAGAUUUUGUUAAUCCUGUCCUGUUAGGGAUACAGCAUAGUGUUGGAGGAAAUGUAAAAUCCUCAGAGAUUAAAGUCUUUAUGGCAGAUGAUACCCCUACUCAGAAUAUGACCUUCAUGUUUCAGGAUUAUUCCAAUUUCACUCUCAAUGGUCCUUAUGUAUAUAUUUCAUUGAAUCACUUCAGUGGUGUGUCUGCUGCCUCAACUGCUGAUAUUAGCUUUUAUGGAGUUCUGUAUUAUAAGAAAUACCCAAAGGGGAAAUAUCUUUGGAACUACAGCUACUUAGUGUACAAGAGCUUUCCAGAUGCUAUUGUUGAUGAAUUGCUUGCUGAUUAUGCAGAUUGGACACAAGAAACAUUAAAAACAGAUGUUGUGUUUGACGAAAACAGUACAGCAAUAAUACUAAGUCUACCAUCACUGCAAGAUUGGGAUAUUAUAGAAAAAAUAUCACCACUUGUUUAUCACAAAAACCACCUCUUAAAGCAAAAUAGUAUUCGAAGCAACAUGCAGUUUAUGCUAUGUUGGAAAGGUCCUGGAUAUCCAGUCAUGAAAUUAGUAGCACUGCAGCUAAUAGGUGCUUCACAACCAGUCAGAGUUACAUUUUACACCAACUCAAUUGAGGAUAAUGACAAAAAUGAUGAGCAUGUAGCUGCACGUGUAGAGAAAAAUUUGGACCCAACAAAUUUGGAACAAGUCUUAUCAUCAUUAAAUAAAAAUAAUUAUGAUGCCAGUACUUGGCACAGGCUCUGCCUUAGGUUGGGUUUGCUUGAAAACACUUUGAAUGCUUAUGAAGAUAACGAGAACAAUGUUAAUGAUCGCCUGAGAACAUGUUUGCACGCAUGGCUACAGAGAGCUGAUAAAGUAGAUGAUAAAGGAGGAGCAACAUGGACUUCAUUGGAAAAGGCUCUCAAAGACAUUGACCAAAAGGCAGUAGCUGAAAAUAUGAGAAAGAGCAGAGCACACUCAGAACUUUAAAAACAUCACAUGACAUGCUGCAGUAUGAACAUAUCUUAAAUUUUACUAGUAUUAAAAACAUUCUUUAUAUGUAAUAAUAAUAUAAAAUGCUGCUGUAUUAAGCCAAAUUUUUAACAGACAUAUUU